UAUUGGCUGCAAUUUAUCGAGAAACCUUUAAUUUCGCCUUUACUUGGUUCUCCUUUCAGUCAACUGUACAUUUCGAACAUUACAAAAAAUAUCUUUACAUUUCUAAAAUAAAUUCGAUAAAAAUCAACAAAAAGCUCUUGACUUCCUUUUUGAUGGCGCCCAAUCUUAAUUGAACGAGCAUGAGCUCGGCUCAAAACCGCAUUAGUCUUGUGUCCACACGCCGAAAGAGACGUGUCCGUAAAAAGCCGCGCAGACCGGUCGAUUACAUCAGCGUGGAAGAAUGGAAUUUUCUGAAAAAUUUAUGCGACGAUCAGAGUCGAGGAUUUCUGGAACGCUUUGUAAACACAAUGAGGGGCUUUGAGAAGGAGAAGUCGGUGGUGCUUACAAGGGUUUGCCUGUGUAAAAGGCACAUGAAGAAGAAACGCAAGAAGAAAAAAGAGACGCCUAAAGAGACGCCAAAGGAAUUGCCAAAAGUGCCUUUAACCAACUGUUUCAGCGACGACGGCUGUCGUAUGCCCUGUGGCACGUCAUAUCCACCACUCACCUGGAAACCGUUGCGACAAGCACUGGCCGUGAAAUAUGGUUUGAGGCCUGCAGCAGUUGGGCAGAACAAUAUUCGGAAAUCACCACAGAAGCUGCACGAACUGCGCUCAUUUGAUAUUUCAAAGGGUUACCGAUCGCAAUUAGGUGCUGAACGGCUAGGCGACGUGUUGCCUCAUCAAGACUUAUUGCAGAAAAUUGGAGCUCAACAACAGCGAGGUCCCACUACGGCUGGUCGAAAAUAUUCUAUGUCUCGGGUGAAUUUAGGUGCGAGUGACGCUCCUAAAACACUUUCGCCAACACUGAAAGCACGACAUGCCACCGCAAAGGAGCAUAAGAACUUAUCGGCGCUCAUUGAACAUUUAUCUCAACAUUACACCCACAUUAACGAAACUGAGGCUCAGCGUUUAUACGAAGAGCAGAUGCGUAGACUUUAUGCCGAGGCAGAGUUUCAGCAUUACAUGCACCAAAUCUAUGGAAAUCCCUAUGACUUGGACCAGCCAUGGCCUUGGCUGGACUUCUUUUCAACGGAAAUAGGCGAUAAAUACCGGAGAAGGUUCUCGUAUUAAGCAAAAUUUACGAUUUUAAGGAUAUAUCGAAGGAAAAUGAAGCACUAAGUGUAAAAUACAUAUGUUAGGUGGCUGGUUGAAGUGGUCAUCAGUUCAGCGGGCGUCAGUUCAAUUAGCCACUGAUAUGUGGAGUUUGUAAAAUUAAGCAGACGUCGUGUCUCCUCCCCGCUAUCUCACUCAAAUCUUCCUUAGAGGCAUCAGCCUACUCCUCCAAGGUGCGAGGCAUUCGGAAAUGAAGUGCGUUAAGAUUCUUAAUUUCUUUUCUUCUUGGCAACUGCAAAAUGUUAAAAUUGACUAAAACUUAAGGGGCAAAGAAUUUCAGAACAAACAAUGUAUAAAAUUUGAACAUCAAAAAAGCAAUCUUGAGGUUGAAAAAAUAUUGGGACAAACAAAUUUUUGGGACAAACUUUGGGACAGUUUUUUCUCGAAAAUAUUUUUUAAUU